UGUGUGCGUGCUAGUGUAUGAGCUUGGGACACUUUUGAUGGCUGAAAAUGUUUAAUUAGCUGCGAAAACUAGCGAAAAGAAGACGCCCUCAUAGCAAAAGGCAAGCGUAAUGGGAAUAAGACAAGAAAAUCCCAGAUUGCAGCUUCUGUAGUGGCCAACGGCGAAAACAACCCCCCGCACUAGUCGAGAAAAUGUUUGUAUGUGUGUUCUGCUGGCAGCGCAAUCGACGUCCGAAAAUCCGUAAUAAAAGUGAAAAUCCGUGUAAAAGCCAACCAACUGGCCGCAACUAAAUAGGUUAGGAACCUCAUCGCGGAGUGCGGCAAGGAACCUUAGUGGAUAAAAUCUGGCACACGAAUUGCAUACGCCAGCAGAGCAGCGACAGCGCUGCAAAGUGCGUUGCGUCGCUGCCCGGUCGCCAUCAUAGCGAAAAAAUAUUAUGAUCCCACGCUUGCAGAAUAGAUAAAGUUAGGAGAUGGAGCCGUACACACAAUCAGUUGCGAUGGCCGAAAAGUUCCUUUCGAAAAGUACAGUGCUGCACUUACAUACUUUCCAAACAGCUCAGCUUUCCCGUUCCCCUCUUCCUUUUUCACUGGAAGUGUGCAAUAUGGCAGGGCAUAUGCGUAAAAAUUAAGGCCCCAAAGCCUAUUCGUUCCUGCGGAAAAGAAUCGUAUUGUAGUGCUAAUUUCGCCAAAUCCAUCCAUAUUUAUGUACAUGCUUGGUUUGUCUGUGCUUGUAUACGCGUACCUGUGCCUGUCCGUGUAAGCUGUUUGUUUGUAACUGUAAGCUGCGUGCUAGUGUGUGCCUGUGUGUGUUUGCGGCUGAAAAUGGAAAUUAUAUAAAAGAAGCUUUCGGCUUAGGCUGCUUUUCCGAACGAUCGGCGAAAACGGACGAAACGGAAAAUCAGUUCCACCAACAAGAACGCCUAGCAGCUCGUGCAGUUCAGAAAACAACAGUUGUCACGCCGCGCACCACAAUCAAUAAUUCCAAAACCAAAUCAAUUCCCCGAUUUUGAUUCGGAAUCGGGGGAAGCAUUAUUCCGAGCAGCGAAUAACACGCAGCAUGCCUCUGCCUGCGUCGCUGCCGACAUUGCCGUAAAUGUACUUUGCUCACUUGAUACACAAAAACGGUACUCGUCCCUCAUCUCGCUCUCUCUAGGAGAGAGCGGCUCUUCCUGAUCAAGCACACGGGAAACUACACAACAUAAAGCCGCCCGCAAUGCCCACCCACUUUUACUUCCUUCUCGGUGGUGGUAGUGGCGCCCCACUACCCCACGAGAGUGUGAGCGUCGUGUUACAACAACCACCAAUGCAAAGCUCUGCCGGCUUCCUUUUGUCCAGAUGACAAACGUAAACGUAAAAAAUCAGGAACAUUAACCGGAACUUGAUGUUGACAGCGAUUUUCAACAUGGCUUCACGGUUUCUUUACAUUUCGUCAGCUUAAUUUUGGAAUAUGGCUACUUUUAUCUAAUAUGUCCUUUUAAUGUUUUAAAUGCAAUUCUUGUAAUCCACAUAUACACACUUAAUGUAUACAUGUUCCUAUUGAAUUUGUAAGUUUAUUGGUCGCUAUGUUAUACAUACACACGCUAAGGCAAUCCCCCGUGUGCGUGUUCGGGGUUGUGCUUGUAUUGGCGUGCUCCACUUUUGUAUGCAACAAAUUCAGUACUGUUAAUCGCAGCUGCAAUCUCUCUGAGAGAACAUAUGUUCCCUGAACUCAAAUAGGCAUUACUUCCUCUAGGUCCAGCCCAUUAAUCAUUGAUCCCGGCUAGAACAGAAUGUAUACCCUCGCAAUCGAACAGCAUUGAGUAACUGCACUUUCUCCGUCGCAAAGUCGAGUUUUCACCUCCGUAAAUGUUUGUUUACCUGCGAGGGUUGAGUACAGGCACCAUAACACAUAUACACACAGGUGUGCAGCGAUUUGAUGUAGAUACAGUGGGUGACUGAAGUCGAUCAAUAGAAGUGGAAUAAAAAAACAGUUUUUAAGGAUCUAAUGUAACCAACUUAUAUGUGUUGACUUGGCAGUGCAUAAUAAUUAUAAACAAGUGAAUCCGAGCAGCAUUGUAUGUAUGUAAAAAGCAACCGAAAUAUGGCAUACCAUCUUUGUGAUGAAUUUAACUAUAUUAUAAUUAACAAUAUCCUAAUCUGUUGUAAUCUCUUUUGGGUCACAUGCCUCUGGUUACAUAAUUAUAUUACUUUGACGAACAAAACACUUUCAUUGGUUUAUAAGUCAAAUUUAAGUAACUAUUUGAUUAAAACGCUUAUAAUUAAUUAUAUGGUUCCGCGAUAGAAACAGAAUAACCCUCGUUUUUUGUCAAUAAAGGGCUAUGGAAAUACAUGUUGGUGACGAUUGAAAAGAGUUGACACAAUAGAGCCGAACGCAAUAAAUCGAAUCUGAAACUCAUCUUAAAGCAAUGUCCGCCAAGACUGAGGCGGACAACACGACGGCCGCCAAUUACGGCGGCGGGGCUGGAGGUCUCGGCAGCGGCACGUCCUCCGCCACCGGCCUACCCUCGAACGGAACGACAACUCCGGCACGCCGCUUGCGUACCCGAAAUUCUACUGGCAACGGCACUACGAGCGGAAGCGAGUCCGUAAAGAAGUCGAACGGCAAUGAUGAACCCUCAACCCCAGUGACACCGGGAGCGGCAGCAGGAUCUCACGCCCAAGCUCCGCCAGCUGGCGCUCCAGCGUUGGUAGAAAGGCCGAUGCCUAGUGUUCCGAUGAACCAUGCCAGCAGCAGUGUGUCUGCCAGUAAGAAGUAUCAUAACAGUUGCCCUCAUCCCACACCCACGCCUGCGCCUACCGGGCACAAAAAGACGGUACACACGCAGCCGCACAGCAGCAACAAGUUUGACCAGUCAAAGAAUGAAGAGUUCCACUUCGACACGCCGCCAGAGUGCCCAGUGUUCCGGCCCACAGUUGAGGAGUUUAAGAACCCACUGGCCUACAUUAGCAAGAUCCGCUCCAUUGCUGAGAAGUGCGGCAUCGCAAAGAUUCUGCCCCCAGCGACCUGGUCGCCGCCGUUUGCAGUAGAUGUGGACAAGCUGCGCUUCGUGCCUCGCGUCCAAAGGCUCAAUGAGCUGGAGGCCAAGACGCGCGUCAAACUGAACUUCCUGGAUCAGAUUGCCAAGUUCUGGGAGCUGCAGGGUUCCUCGCUAAAAAUCCCAAUGGUAGAGCGCAAGGCCCUUGACUUAUACACACUUCACCGAAUCGUACAGGAAGAAGGGGGCAUGGAGCAAACCACAAAGGACCGCAAGUGGGCGAAGGUGGCCAACCGGAUGCAGUACCCCUCCAGCAAAAGCGUGGGCGCUACCUUGAAGGCUCACUACGAACGCAUCUUGCACCCCUUUGAGGUAUACACUUCGGGCAAGGUUCUUGGUCCCACACCAGCUUCUGCCGGAACUGGUGGCACGCCUGUGAAGCUAGAGGACGGCGGUGGCACCGACUACAAAGCCCACGAGAUACCAACACGACAGCAAAUUGCGCCGCCCAACGAGACAAACACUCGCCGCUCUAAGCGAUUCGGAAAUUCUAGUGCCAGUUGCGGCCUUAGCGGUGCCUCACCCACGGCAAAGCCUUCCGCUGGCGUAUUUAUUAAGACGGAGACCAAGGAGGAGUUCAAGAGAGAUCUGCUAAGCAGCUUCAAUGCCGUAAACAGCGGGGGUCCGCCAUUAUCCACUGGCAGCCCGGCAAACACUCGAGGGGCCAGUCAGAAGAAGGGAGGCGAGCCCCCGGCCCUUAUCGUUGACCCGUUGAUGAAAUACAUUUGCCACAUCUGCAACCGCGGCGACGUCGAGGAAUCGAUGCUGCUCUGCGAUGGCUGCGACGACAGCUACCACACCUUCUGUCUGCUGCCACCUCUGACUAGCAUCCCUAAAGGCGAAUGGCUUUGCCCGCGCUGCGUCGUCGAGGAGGUAAGCAAACCGCAGGAGGCUUUUGGCUUUGAGCAGGCGGAAAGGGAAUAUACUCUGCAGCAGUUUGGACAGAUGGCUGACCAGUUCAAGCAAGAAUAUUUCCGCAAGCCGGUGCACUUAGUGCCUACCGAGAUGGUGGAACGCGAGUUUUGGCGAAUCGUGUCUUCUAUUGAUGAAGACGUUACCGUCGAGUAUGGCGCGGACCUGCACACAAUGGAUCACGGAUCAGGGUUCCCCACAAAGAGUUCAUUGUAUCUGCUACCUGGCGACCAAGAGUAUGCUGAAUCAAGCUGGAACCUCAAUAACCUGCCAUUGCUUGAGGAUUCCAUUUUGGGCCACAUUAACGCCGACAUAAGCGGCAUGAACGCACCGUGGAUGUACGUGGGCAUGUGCUUCGCUGCCUUUUGCUGGCACAACGAGGACCACUGGAGCUACUCAAUCAACUAUCUUCAUUGGGGAGAACCAAAAACGUGGUAUGGUGUUCCGGGGUCCUGUGCUGAGCAGUUUGAAGAGACCAUGAAGCAGGCAGCCCCGGAACUGUUUUCAUCGCAGCCUGAUCUGCUUCAUCAGCUGGUAACAAUUAUGAACCCUAACAUUCUAAUGAACAACCGUGUGCCGGUAUUCCGCACGGAUCAACACGCCGGCGAGUUUGUUAUCACCUUCCCUAGGGCCUAUCACGCAGGUUUUAACCAGGGCUAUAACUUCGCCGAGGCCGUCAACUUUGCACCCGCUGAUUGGCUAAAGAUGGGGCGUGAGUGUGUUAAUCACUACUCAAUGCUCCGCCGCUUCUGCGUCUUCUCGCACGACGAGCUCGUUUGCAAGAUGGCUCUGGAGCCGGCGAAGCUUACUUUCGGCAUCGCUACCGCCUGCUAUAUCGACAUGGCCGAAAUGGUUGACACGGAGAAAAAGCUGCGCAAAUCACUUUUAGAGUGGGGCGUAACCCGCGCAGAGCGACGCGCCUUCGAGCUGGUUAACGACGACGAGAGGCAUUGCCAAGAGUGUAACACUACGUGCUUCCUAUCGGCGGUCGCAUGCGAGUGCAAUGACAAGCUUAUUGUCUGUCUUCGCCACUAUACAGUGCUCUGUGGCUGUGCUCCUGAGAAACACACACUAAUAUACCGCUAUACACUAGACGAGAUGCCGCUGAUGCUGCAGAAACUAAAGGUGAAGGCGCACAGCUUCGAACGCUGGCUUUCCCGUUGCCGUGACAUAGUAGAUGCACAUACGCCCACCUCAGUGACUCUACAGGAACUGCAAGAGCUGUGCAAGGAGGCCGAGACCAAAAAGUUUCCUUCAUCGCUGCUGAUCGAUCGCCUCAAUGCUGCUGCCGUCGAGGCAGAGAAAUGUGUCACAGUCAUACAGCAACUGGGUAUCAAUAAGGUACGAACUCGCUCAGACCACAACCAGGAGGCGGCUCAGUAUAAGCUUACCAUGGAAGAGCUAGAGCUGUUUGUGCAGGAAAUAGAUAAUCUCUGCUGCAUUAUUGACGAGGGCGCAUCGGUGCGAGAGCUCCUCGUUUUGGGAAAACAAUUCGUUGACCGCUCAGAGAGUCAGCUCCAGCUGACGCUGGAGGCCCUGGAGGAGAGUGAGCUGGAAACGUUAAUUAACGAAGGCAGUUCUCUCCGCAUCGAACUGCAGCAGCUUGACCUUCUACAGAAGCGGCUGAAGCAGUGUAAGUGGUACAAGCGCUCGCAGGGAUUAAGGGAGACAAGCUCGAAGCUGACCUACCAAGACGUGAAGAACCUGCUGCACAUGGCGGCUGCUGAUCUGGAUCCCACGGAUCCAUAUGUCGACAGGGAGAUGCGAAAAUUACAACAGAUUGGCGCAGAGAUCGAAGCCUGGGAGUCGCAGGCGGCUAAGUAUUUCCGGAGACUGACCCAACAGCACGAGCUGGGCGAAAUAGAGCAGUUUUUGAAAUCGGCCGCCGACAUCAACGGUCAGGUGCCUUCACAUGGGCUGCUAAAGGAUGCGCUUAGAAAGGCCCGUGAGUGGCUGCGGGCCGUUGAGCAGCUUCAACAGAAUAACCAUGUGACAUAUUGCCACACUCUCCAGGCGAUGAUCGAACGGGGUACAAACAUACCUAUCCAGCUGGAGGAGCUGAGUCGAAUGCAGGGCCACUUAAACAGCGCUCAUCAAUGGAAGGAGAAUACUGCGUGCGCCUUUCUCAAAAAGGGCACCUCCUAUUCGCUUUUAGAGGUUCUCAUGCCCCGAACGGAUGCCAUUAUUAUUGACUCGGAUCUCAAGCCGCGCUUCCAGGACGACUUUCUAAAGGAUAAAAAUCCCGCGGAGAUUGUGGCCAGCUUCAAGAACGCAGAGGAGCAGGAGUUACUGGAUAUGCGCGAGCUUCGACGAAAAAACAUGACUAAAAACCCGUUACGCGAUAUGUUCUGCUUGUGUAAGUCCGAGUUCCGGAGCUUAAUGUACAACUGUCAGUUGUGCCGUGAUUGGUUUCACGAGGAUUGCGUCCCACCGCCCUCAUCCACCAAUCACAAUGGAAUUAUUAAUGGCGUAGCAGGAACAGGUUCUAAUCGCCAUAAAUGGCUCUGUCCCAGCUGUGUAAGGUCGAAGAGGCCACGUCUAGAGACCAUCCUUCCGUUGCUGGUGCAGUUGCAACAGCUUCCCAUUCGUUUGCCCGAGGACGAAGCUUUGCGCUGCCUGGCAGAGCGUGCAAUGAAUUGGCAGGAUCGGGCCAGAAAGGCGCUAAGCAGUCCCGACGUAAGUGCUGCCCAGGAAGCAAUUGUGGCACAGCAGCAGCAAAAGCGGCGCUCCGAAGGCGCCUUAGCAGGGGUUGGCAAUAUCAGUAGUCCACGAAAGCCACGUCGCCGGGGUAGUCUUGCGAAAGAGGCCUGUGGUUCCACAGAGUCAGAAGCUGACGACGAUGAUGAUGAGGACGAAUGUCGGCUUCGAAUCGUCGAGGAUAACUUUAGUAAUGACGAGGAUGAGCCACGUACUGCCUCUGCCACUACCACCAUAAACUCCGAUCUCCUGAAACUUCUGUCCGAUAGCGAAAUUGAAAAUUUGCUUGACCUGAUGAUGGAGGGUGACCUACUCGAGGUCUCUCUAGACGAGACGCUCGAGCUAUGGCGCAUUUUGGAAACAAUGCCGCCAACGUUGCUGCAAGCCGAAGCUAGGGAGCGUGUGGCUCAACAUCUACAGCGGCAACGGCAGCAACAACCAAAUCCGCUGCCUACUUCCGGAGCUGAAGACUCGAACGACAGUCUUUUGGUACAAAAUAGUCCCAAUAGUAACAGCAACAGUGGUGGGGCAACGGCGUCUGCGAGUAUUAGCGGGCGCAAUAAGAAGAGGCGCUCCAACGAUGCCAGCGGUAACGCAGCUGUACCCCGCAAGAAGCAGAACACGCCCAAGCAGACUCCGAUCAAGAAAGGAUCAGCGGCAGCGGGACGCAAGAGCGAUGCCAAGGCAUCCCCAGCUUCAUCAGCAACUCCCGGAGCGGACGCCGAUGCCGAGAACAAGCAGGCCAACGGCGGAAACACAAACUCUAGUACAGGUUCAGGUGGUGGCAAUUCAGCGGCAACCACACCCACACCCGGCUCGACGCACAAAAAGCGCAAGCGCACCUCUACAACAGCCACAAACAACAACAAUAACAGCACCAACAACAGCAACAGCAGCACCAACCUUAACAGUAAUACUACCAAUGCCCAAGGGACAGCGAUUGCCGGAAAUAUCUCAACUGGUGGACAAAAGAAGCAUGCGCAGCGGUCUCAGCAGGCCGCCCAGGAAGACGACGAGGAAGAGUGCCGUGCGGAGAAUUGUCAUAAGCCUACUGGACGGGAGGUAGACUGGGUUCAAUGCGACGGCGGCUGCAACGAAUGGUUUCACAUGUACUGUGUGGGCCUCAAUCGUAGCCAGAUCAAAGCGGACGACGACUAUAUCUGCAUCCGAUGCACCAAGACAGUGGCCAUCGGAACGCCAAGUUCCGGUCACAGUAUGAGUGUAGCGUCCACGACGACGCCGAGCAAGCAGCGGGCAGUGCAAUCGGCGCGAUAGAGUAAAAGAUUAUGAAGUCCAAGAGUUGCCGGGUUGACAUAUUUUAGAUUUUGCAGCAACAGCCGAUUUGUGUUUUACGCAAGAUGUACUACUAAACACACGAAAAAGUCCGACUAGCGUUGUUUACUAAGUUUAGUAAAGGUACUUGAAAGUUUUAGUAGUACAUAUUUACCAAUUAAAGCUAUAUUUACGAAUCCGGAACGUAAAACACUUCUAAAAUUACUACAAAGGCAAAACAAAAAGGAAAAGAGAACAAGAAUAGGGAUUAUUGUUAAGUGAAACAGAUGAAACGCAAACAAAGCAACACAACUAUUUGUUUUUGUAUAAUUCAACCCACUUUUUACGUUACGUUCGUUAAACGUUCUUUUAUCAUUAUAAUAUAUUUUACCAUUACCUUUACCUGCUAUUAUUAGUUUUUGUUAAUUUAAUUCACUUUUUGUGUUCUCUUUUUGAGUUUCGUACCAUGCACACGCAAAGCUUUCUUAAAUUUUAUUUUAGUUUUUCCCUUAAGCGAAGGUAACUCUCGUUUUACUUUUGUAUAUUUUUGUUUACGUAAGGUUGCGAGCAAAAAUCCUCAAAAAAUAAGAAUCUUCCAAUUUUACGCGUGGCGCCUUGUAAACUCACCUUUUCUUUGUAUGUUCUUGUUUAUUACCUCCCAUUUAAGAAUAAAGUAAACAAAAAAAAACAAAACAAAAACCUGUUAAUAAAACGAUCAUACAAAACCAACAAAAUCAGUAUAAAUCUAAGUUUACAUUUAAAAUACCAUGGAAAAUGUAUAAUUUAUUAUUAGUAAGUUGACUAGAAAUCCAGCAAAUUGGAAGUAAAUGCAAAAUUUUAAAAAUACGAAAAAAAAAAAAAAGAAAUGCAAAAUAUCUUGGUAAUAUUAACAUACAACAAUAAACACAUUGCUUAGACUAAUGCAAUUGAAAAAGCAGACAAAAACGGAAAACACUUUGUAAAAUCAUUUUUUAAAUGUGUAUAAAUACCCAGCCGAUAAAUGUGCAGGUUCUUAAUGCAAGCAACCCAAGAUAACCGAUAACGAAAACAAAAGGGAACCCUAAACAUAUUAAGGAUAAACACUUUUAUUUAAUUAAGAAGUAAUGUACGAUUGAUUUCAAUGAAUGAUCCAAAAAUAUUACAAAACAUUUACCCUCACGAUACCUUCCCCAAACAAAAUAUAUAAUUCUAUAAUUUAAAUAAAUUAUAUAUAAAUAGUAUUUAAAACGAAAA